CUUUGAAUUACGAAUCUCGCUGUGGACGGACGUUUUAAAACGUUAGGCCGCUCAGGGGUGUUACCCGCGUCGAUACACAAAGAGUCGGCGUUUUUUUCCCACCGAAAUUUUCGCCCAUCCACUCGGCUCGCCGAACACAUCGCACACGCCGCCGCGGUCGUCGCGCCACCGCACGCGCAGUUUCAUCCAAGCGCACCAACACCACUGUCUGUCGUUGCCCUCCCCGCGCGUCGCUUGGAUAACGAUUCUAAUUUGCCCCAUUGCCGCCGCAACCUACCCCAAAACCGUUUGCCCGACAAUAACUCAGAGUAUAUAACGAUAUUACGACUAUAUUAUAAUGUCGCGGAUUCCGUCGUUCUAUUUUACCGCCACACAAUAACAGCAUUUAAACCAUCAUCAUCAUCAUCAUCAUCAUCGUCAUCGUCGUCACCGCCGCCGCCGUCGCCGUCGCCGCCUCCUCCGUUACCGCCCACCCCCCCCCCACGCCGACGGGGCACCACCGCCGUCGUUGCCACGAUCGUCGUUCGAUCGACGACAGAUUCCGUGCGAACGGUACACGCACUCACACACACGUACACGCUUGCGCGCAAACACGCGGCACACGCGCGCACGCGCCGCGCACACGAGCGCGCUGGGCACGAACACACGGUAAGCUCACACGCACCUGACGCCGAGCGGCGAGCACCACACGCCACUCGCACACGCACGUUACACCGGACCGGUCGACGGCCGCCGCGCGAUAUCCGACUCAGUCGACGGACGCAGCUUGCACCGGUACCGUCUCGAGAGCCAACCACCCCCGUCGGAGUAAACACGCGGCCGCACGAUGUCCGUCGCCCGCCAGUCGACCACGUUCCGAUGCAUUUUAUUUACUGCAGCAAUUAUUGUGAUAUUUAAUCAUAUUCUCGUCGCUCCAAUGAAUGCCUUACAAAUUAAUGAACAAAAUAACUCAAGACGAUAUCCAAUUAAUACAUUUCAAAAAAUGAAACGUUUAUCGGACGAAAGCUCACUAGAUCCCGUGUCGAACGCAGACGAUGAAACUCAGAGAUCAGUCCGAAAAAGCGCUGUUUUGUAUAAUAAAGCUGAAACUACAACAACAACUCAAUCAAAUAUUGUUGCGUCACUUUUCAGACUAAAUGAGGAAGAAGGUAAUACGUGCAUUCUGUUGAGGGUAGAUGCUGUCAUAGAAGUUAAGUUCAAAACUAAACUAGGUUCUGAAGACCAAACUGAUCUCUAUGUUCCUGACGACGCAGAAGUAACUGGCGAUUGCAGCAAUGAAGAUGAUGCAACAUUAAUACUGAAAUGGAAAAAUUUCGUCUUUACUUGGUACUUUACAAAGACUCUUGGAGGAGAAAGAUGGUUUGUAAAAGCACUGGAACUCGAGAUAAAUACAGCUGAUAAACAUUUCGAUCAUAUUAAAACCAAAGAUAAAAUUGUACGCCUGUCAACAGUAUCCAGUUAUGGUACACUGCUGUUCAUGACACCAGUUGGACAGUCAUAUUCGUGUCAAAAAGAAAUUAGCGUGGUAUUGAGUGAUCAAAACGUUCCUACGAUGAAAGGAUACGUAUUGCUCAGAGCAUUUACAGUGCAGCCGUUCAUAUUCAAAAAUAAUGAAUUUGGACCCGCUUACCAGUGUUCAUCGAUUGGUGCUGGCGCUAUGCGGAAUGAAACCGUACCAUUCAUAUUCGGAAUCACUUUAGCGGCUGUCGCCGUACUUACAGUUGGUGGGUAUGCGGUGUUCAGACACUUCAAAAUCAAGAAAGUCCAGUACGAUACCAUGGAAUAAAUGAUUUGAAGCAUGGGAAACUCUAGAUGUGUUGAACAAUUGGAAUUUUGUUUAAAUAUAACGUUUAAUGAUAUCGUUUUUCAAUUGUUUUGAUCAAACAGCAAUAAUCGCAUAGACGACUUUUUUAUUUUAUGAUAUAGUUUAUAAUAUAAUAAUUUGAUUAGGCCAUUACUUGAUACUGCAAUGACACAUUUUUGUGUGAUUAUUUUUUCUUUUUAGAGUUUUUGUACUGUCGAUUUAUAAAAUAAUAUUCGACGUACAACUUUAUUUAAAGUGUAAAUUUCAAGUAACUAUUUGAUAAUUAUUAUAAGUAUCUAUUAUCUAAGCAUUAAUAUUACAAGCUUGACUAAUUUGACAUGCAUUAUCUAUCAUAUUUUUUUCAUUUUUUUUUUUGGCCCACAUAACCAUUUACUUGACAUAGAUUUUUUCCCAUAUUUUUUUUAAAAAAUAUUUUUAGUCGUUUUAUAACGUAAAAACGUAAUUCUAAAAACUUAAUUAUAUUGAGUCUAGAUAACUUGAUAUCUAUGUUUAUAUUUAUUUUAUAUUUUUUAACAUUAAUUUAUAUAUGUAUAUAUACAUAGUAUACCUAAUAAGUAAAAAAUAAUUCAUUACUGAAGUAUUCUUUUUCAUUAAUUUAAAAAAAAAUCCAUUUAUAUUAUUAUAUUAUCAAUUUAUUAAUUAACCAAUAUCAAAUAUAAUAUUAGCUAUAUACUAUAACUAUUUCAUUUUUAGACAUUUUAAAAAUCUCAUUAUUGAUGAAUAUUUAUUUGUUAACCUUAUCCCAUUAUAUAGUUAAUUUUAUAUUAUUCAACUUAAAAAGUUUAAUAAAAAUUAUUAUUAUAGGUAUGUAUUUUUAUUUUUAUUAUUUAAUACAUAAUCUAAUAUUGUAAUAGUGUAAAUGAAUAGGAAAUUUUUGUUAUAUAAAAACAUAUUGAGUUAGUUUUGUUUUUAUUCAAUGUAUUAACAAUGGUUUUACACUUUAAACGUAUUUGUGUAAAAUACAAGAAAAACUAUUGUUAUUUAGAAUGUCAAUUACCCACAUAAUAUGCUUUUGUUUCAACAAUUUGUACGUAAUAACGCAUUGAGUAAUGGAUUGAUUUUCAUGAAAUCUUUUAGGACUAAAAUAGUUUUGUAGUAGGUAAUACAAAUUACUUACCUAUGUGACAUCUAUAUUAGUUUAACCUUAAUUGACUGUUCAUUACAACAUUAUCCAUAAUAAAUAAAUUAGCAAUAUUAUUAUAUAAAAAUUCUAAAAUUAAUUUAGUGUAUAAUGCAUUUAUAUUUAUUUUAUUUUAGGAUACAAGAUUUAAUUGUAGUAAGCAAUAUUUAUGGAGCUCUUAAUAUUUUAUAUUCUCAUCAGUAAUUAAGUUUAAAGUUUUUAUUUUACAUAGGUAGUAAGUCUCAUUUCAUAUAUCAUUAUUCUGCUUUAUUAUAUCUUAAUUUUAACUAGGUCAUAGAUUGUCUUUUAUUAUAUUUUAACAUUAAGUUAUUGGUAUAAAAAAUAUAAACUGAUUUAUGACACAAUCACUACCCACUACCCAGUAAACAUUGAAUAUUAGGUGAAUCGACAUUUUAAAAUUUAAAACUAAGAAAUACUAUCAUUUUAUUAAAAAUUAAAUCGGGAAUGCAAUAUUUUAGUUAAAUAUUUGAUAUUAUUAUCAUUAAUUUUAUUAUUUAGUAUUGUAAGUGUGUACAGUCUUAAAUAUAACGCCCAUUAUCAAUGUGUUCUUAUUAAAUACAUUUUGUAGAUCAUACUGAAUUUAGAAAAUGUGUAGUCAUCUGGUGAGGAGUAUUAAAAAAAUAAAUAAUAAAAUAAAAUAAAAUAAUAAUAGGCUAUAAGGAAAACAAAAUUGUACCUAAAACUUGAUUCUUAAAAAAAUAAAAAAUAAUAAAAAACACAAGAUUUGCGUUUGUUAUAAGGACCAUCAUUAGUAUAUUAUUAGUUCAAUGUAAGGAUUAUGUUACUGUGUUCGUAAUAAAUAAUAUUCGGAUAAAAUUAAAAAUCUCUUAUCCAUUUUUAUACCCACAUGUUACAUUUAUUACAUAUCAUCGUUCGAUUCUUCUCGUUAUUAAUUUAUAUAAUAUUAUCAUACACAUCAGUAUAUCGCUUAUUUAUACUAUAUGAUACUUAUAACUAGUAUAUUUUUAUUUUAGUUUUUUUAAUUACCCACUUUUUUCUACCGAGUACACUAUAAGUAAAUUCAAUAAUAAAUGAAAACAACCAUAAAUCAAAUUAAUUAAUUAAUUUUCAUAUAAAACUGAUAAUUAUAAUAAUACAUUUUAAAACCAUAAUAUUUUAAAUAAAAACGACUUACUUCAAUAAUAUUACAGAUUAUACAGUAUACUUACUUAACCAUAUAAAAAUAUAUCACUUAACACUGCAUGCAAUUUUUGAUUAGGGCUUGAAACAAAAACAUUUUUUCUAAUUAAAAUUUAUCUGUUUUAUAUAUUGGUAUUGAUUAUUUUUCCAAUUUUGAUUUCGGUUGAAUAUCGAUUUAAUCUCUGAUUUUUAUUAACAGAAAAUUAAUCCUUCAUAACCUCCGAGUAAAUUAAUUUAUAUAGUUAAAUUAUUUAUAAUGAUAAAUACCUGUCAAAAUAAAAUAAUUAAAGAAAGAAAUGCAAAUAUCUGCUUAAAAAAUUUUAACAAAUUUUUGAUGUUUUUACAUAUCUUAAAAGGUUACAUCUUAAUGGUCAAACAUUUUAAAUUUCUCUAUACUAGUGUUAAUAUUACAUUUUUUAAAGAAAUUAGUGUCACAUCAUAUUCGUCAAUAAUAUGUGAUAAAUAUGAUUAUAUUCGAUACAUAUAAAUAUUAAAUACGUGCUUGAUGAUUUUGUUAAUAUCAGUAACUAUAACGUGUAAUUAAGUAUUGCAAGUAUUAAAAAGUAACAAAUUUUGAAAAUAUGUAUCUACUUACCUGCCCAUGAUUUAAUUUUAUAAUUGUUUUGUCGCUUAAAUUAUAAUCUAAUAGAUUUUUAUUCUUGAAUAUCAUAGUUAAUAAAAUACAUCGUAAUUAUUAACUUGUUGCAAAAAUAUUAUAAUUGAAUUAAUAGCAUUGAGUAGACUUCGUAUUUGUGAAAACUCAACGCUUAUGAUUAAAAUAUAUAUCAUUAUUAUUUAAAAUUAUUCUAAUAUUGGACUGUUCCACAAACAUACUAAUUGUAAUUAACACUAUUUUUGAUUGUUUAGAUAAUUCAUUUAAGUGUUGCGGUUUGAUCGCCGUUUUCAUAAAUAUUUACUAAUGAUAAAAAUCAAUAUAACAAAGGUAUUAUAUUGUCAAUGAAAUGCAUAUCGACGUCCUCGUCUUCCAACACAAAUUUUAAGCAUUUUAAUAUUUUACUGUUUUUUUUUUUUAUAUAUAUUGUGAUUUAUUAUACUCGAGUGUCUUUUUCUCUCAUUUUUACGACGAUGAAUAGGUACUUAAUAAUAUAAUAGUUAUUAUAUUAUUAGUUUAUAAUCAUUGUUAUCAUAGAAGUUUAAUAGUUAUACUGUUUGUGUGUAGUUUAUUUAUUUAGCUGAGCUAUACUAUAGAUUUAUGAAUUACUAUAAUACUGUAAUAAUUAUUAUUACUAAUACUAUCACUAUGACUAUUAUUAUUGUUAUUAUUCGCAGUAGCAUAAUUAUAGUUAUCUAUUAUAUAUUUAUUAUUUUAUUUAUAAUAUUAUAAUUCUAAAUUAUUAUUUUUACAAUUAAUACUAUUAUUAUUGUUUACACAAAUUAUUACUGCAAUAAUAAAUUUCACAUUUUAAAAUGUGUUUUUGUCAUUGUAAACUUUUAAAAUUUUAUGAUAAAUAAAUAUUUAAGCCCUAGAAGUUUUAAAUUAAAAACAUCUUUACAAAUGUGUAGCGUAUGAGUUCUACUUGAACAAAAUGUUAGUUAAAAUGUUAAAUCCACGAUGUCACGAUUAUUGAAUGAGAAUAAAAAUACAAUAUACUAAGUAUAAA